AUGGGCAAAUCACAAUCCAAGCUCUCUCCCUCCCAGCUCGAUGAGCUUCAAAAGGCGACUCAUUUCGACAAAAAGGAACUACAACAAUGGUAUAAAGGCUUUCUCAAGGAUUGUCCCUCGGGGACCCUGACCAAGGAGGAGUUUCAAAAGAUCUAUCGCCAGUUCUUCCCGUUUGGUGAUCCGUCGUCGUUUGCGAAUUAUGUAUUUCGAGUGUUCGACGCAGAUAACAGUGGUAUGAUCGAUUUCAAGGAGUUCAUCUGUGCGCUGUCGGUGACUUCGCGGGGUCGCAUGGAGGAUAAACUGGAUUGGGCAUUCCAACUCUACGAUAUCGACGGGGAUGGCAAGAUUACCUACGAAGAGAUGCUGGCCAUUGUUGAGGCGAUUUACAAGAUGGUCGGCUCGAUGGUCAAACUUCCCGAGGACGAGGAUACACCAGAGAAACGGGUACGCAAAAUCUUCCGCAUGAUGGACAAGGACGAGAACGGCAGCUUGGACAUGGAGGAAUUCAAGGAGGGCAGCAAACGGGACGAGACCAUUGUCAGUGCGCUGUCGCUGUACGACGGACUGGUAUAG